CGCACUGGUCGUGGAAAGACCGUCAAGAUUGAGUUUUGGACGGGAAUGCCCACCAUGUUUUCCGUUCCAAAGUAUUCCGAGGUCCUGAACGCUUUGAGAAUCCAGAGGGAGAUUGACGCAAAUUUUGGCCAUAACUUGGUGUCCAUUGACGCGGCCAACCGAAAAGCGACAUUCAAAAAAUCGGAUGGAACUGAGGUUACGACCGAUUACAUGCUCCUACACGUGACACCUCCCCAAGGUCCUGCAGAUUACAUUAAAAAGUCGCCAUUGGCUGAUGCCGCUGGAUGGGUCGAUGUCGAUUCGGGCACUCUGCAGCAUAAGAAAUAUUCCAACGUUUUCUCCCUGGGUGAUGCCUCAAGUCUGCCCACCUCGAAAACGGCUGCCGCAAUCACAGCUCAAGCACCUGUUCUUGUGAGGAAUUUGGUCGAUACAAUGACUGGAAAAACUUCUCUAGUCGCGAAAUACGACGGUUACACCAGUUGCCCAGCCUCAAACUACCAAACCUCCAACUUUUCGACGAACCGAAGUAUGAUACCAAAGCCCACUUCAGAUAUACCCAUAGACGUAUUGGGCGAAAUAUUUGUCGCACAUGCGGAAAAUGAGCAAGCAAAUCGUAGAGAACAGGCGGCCCAAUGUGACAGCUGUAAGCCCCUCAAGGCAGGACGAGUCCUCUCUCAAGUCUGUCGCCAAUGGAGGCUCGCUACUCUCUGUACACCCUCGAUGUGGCGUUUCGUCCACAUCGACUUGAAGAGCUUCAGCCAAAGUGGAUCAUCUAGGGGUACCAUGCUGAUGCCGCAAGUUGUCCAACGGGCCAUCGAGAAGUCCGGUGUCUGUCCACUGGAGCUGUCUUUCUCGAACCUAGGCUCUGAUAAUGCACUAGACAUAAUCGUCAAUCUUCUAAGCAAAGGCAGCCACACAGCUGGACGCGUCGAGAGACUGGAAAUCGGACUUGCAGGAGCCGCCUUCCUUCCUCUCCUUUCCGUACUCCAGCACUUUGACACGUCCAAUCUCAAAGAGCUUGUGCUCUAUCAUACAGGAUACUUCACCCUUCACGAGACUAUCCCUCCGGAAGUACUGGUGACCUUGCAGCACACCCCCAAUCUCUGGAACCUCUCACUUGGACGGAUCCAGUGGGAUGCUCCUACAGAGUUCGUGUUCCCCCAUAUCACCACACUCUCUGUGGACCUGGGGCACAAGAAUGAAGCUCUUUUGCUGCGAACCCUCACAUCCUUCCCAAACCUCUCGGCGUUAAUUUUGCAAUGCACUGAUCAUAUCAAGCUCUCCGACUCAUGGGAACCAAUCCCCAAAGCCACACUUCCUUCUUUGAAGAGCAUUACAUUCGACCCUCGUAUAUGCCAUUAUUCCCUUCAUCGCCUGGAUGCGCCAGCGCUUAGUACCAUAACAGCCAAGGGGUUCUCUCGCCUCUCCCCGCGGUUCCUUGCAUAUUUGCCACGUCCUACAGCCUUUUCAAUUCUGCGUCUGGAAAGAUUCAACCCAGAAGAGGACGCCAGAUUGAAGAAUACGGACUGCAGCCCUUGGACAUACAAAUCCCUUGAACAGCUCAAAGUAGAGUGGACGAGCAACUUUAUGGAAGGCAUUCCAGGGUUCGUGGCUUGUUUACGAAAUCACCCAGAAAUUUCGACGCUUGAGCUGGUCGACUGCACCAUCGACGACAAGUACUUGUCCUGUUUGGCGGAAGACAAGAAGAUGCUCCCCAACCUCACGAAAUUGCUCCUCUCUAACUGUCCUCAU